AUGCAAGGAAAAGACCCAAAAAAUGUCUUCUACUUCGCGGGUAACUCUAAGAACCCAUUUCAAGCAUUUUCGAUGGCAGAGGAUGAUGUACCAGAUGACUAUCCACAAUAUCCUCUCACAGGAUAUGUUCCUGCAGAGAAAAUGAUUUUAAGAAACGAUUACAGGUACACUGCUGAAAAAACUCGCGCUUUUACAAUAGGAAAUCAAGCAGAAACAGCUUUCAGAUACAAUAAACUCGAUGAUUGCAAUAAAUUGGCCAUGCAAUCUUGGAAAAUGGAUGCAAGCAUGAUUGAUGCUUAUAGAUCAAGCAUCCUUGGAUUUAAGCUAUUCCUUGAUAACGAUGCUGUUACAAAAAUCUGUGCGAUGCGCGAAGUUUUGUAUUUUUCAAGAUUUUAUUUCCAGGACAUCAUUAGAAACAAAACACCUAACUUCUACGACUAUGCUUUAGGCCGCCCAUACCUUCGUUGUUUGAGCGCUCUUGGAUCUUUUGCUGAAAUUGGCCAAUAUAGAGAACUUUGA